CAGGGUUUAAGCGGGGAGCGAUCGCGGCGGGGGCGCCCAGCGAGGGCCGGCGCGCGGCCGGAUCAGCCACAUUGCAAUCGCGGAGGUAGAUUUCGCCAUAGAUCUUUGCGUCUCCGCUAUUAGGAUGGCCGGGCCGUGGCUGGCCCGCCGGGUUCUCCCAGAUUACAGCAGCUCUAGCUUGCAUCUGGCGCCUCCGCCCAGGAGCUCCCACUGCUUCGCGAAUUCGUCGACAUUACAGUGUAGAUUGGUGAGAGGGGUAGCAUGGAUUGGAUGUAUUUCGAAUGGGGCGGCUACUGCGGUGGUUUCCACGACGCAGGAGGAGCUUGAGCACAGGAAAUCGUCGCUCCACGACGUGAAUCGCCAGGCACUGGAGGUUGGAGAUGGCGAGAAGAGUUUCGCGGAUGGGCUGACUUGCGUGAUGAAGUUUGGGGGCUCUUCUGUGUCGUCUGCGGCGAGGAUGAAGGAGGUUGCGACGCUCGUGCAAAGCUUUCCGGGUGAAAGGCCUGUGCUAGUUUUGUCGGCCAUGGGAAAGACUACGAACAACUUGCUUGCGGCUGGCGAGAAGGCCCUCCAUUGUGGAGUUCCAAUGACUUGCUACAUUGAAGAGUUUUCUGUGAUCAAGGAUCUCCAUGUUCGUACUGCCAAGGAACUUGGUAUUGACCAGGCUGUGUUUUCAGAUUUGUUCGAGGAGCUUGGCAUGCUCCUUACAGGCAUCGCGCUGAUGAAAGAGCUGACCCCCCGCACGCAAGACAACCUCGUCUCAUUCGGCGAGCGCCUGUCGACGAGGGUUUUUGCGGCAUACCUCAACAAGAUUGGAGUCAAGGCGAGGCAGUACGAUGCUUUUGAGGCGGGGUUUAUCACAACUGACGAGUUUCGAAAUGCGGAGAUCCUGGAGGCAACUUAUCCGGCGGUGGCGAAGCGGUUGCACGAAGACUGGAGGAGAGAUCAGGCAGUGCCAGUGUUCACGGGCUUUCUGGGAAAGGGAGAGAAAACUGGUGCCAUCACCACCUUAGGAAGAGGUGGAAGCGACUUGACGGCCACGGUGAUAGGAAAAGCUCUUGGCUUACGGGAAGUCCAGGUGUGGAAGGAUGUCGAUGGAGUGCUAACUUGCGACCCCAACGUCCACUCUCUCGCGGUUCCAGUUCCAUGCCUCACAUUCGACGAGGCUACAGAGCUGGCGUACUUUGGUGCCCAGGUGCUACACCCACAGUCGAUGAGGCCCGCGCGAGAGGCCAACAUUCCAGUCCGCGUGAAGAACUCCUACAAUCCACACGUUCCUGGAACACUCAUCACGAAGAAGCGUGAUAUGAGUGAGACACUGCUUACAAGUAUUGUUCUCAAGCGAAACAUAACGAUGCUGGACAUCGUGAGUACGAGAAUGCUGGGCCAGGUUGGUUUCCUGGCGAAAGUUUUCUCGACUUUCGAGGAGCUGGGGAUCUCCGUGGACGUGGUGGCGACCAGCGAGGUUAGCAUCUCGCUGACGCUGGAUCCCAUUAAGAUCUGGAGCCGCGACUUGAUCCAGACAGAGCUGGACAACAUGGUGACCAAGCUCCGCAAGAUUGCAAAGGUGAAGCUGCUACAGAAGCGCUCCAUCAUCUCGCUGAUUGGAAACGUGGAGCGCUCCUCCCUUGUGCUCAAGAAAGUUUUCUCGGUGUUUGAGGAGCUGGGAAUCAAGGUCCAGAUGAUCUCACAAGGUGCUUCCAAGGUGAAUAUCUCGUUGAUAGUGAAUGAUUCGGAGGCCGAGCGCUGCGUCAGGGAGCUCCAUUCUGCGUUUUUCGAGCAGGAGAUCGCAAUUAGCAAGGAUCUUCCGGCUGGCAUUUUAUGAUCCGGAAUUUUGACAAACUGACUGGAAUUUUGUACUCUAUCCGACGGUUAAGAUUGUCUGGGGAUAAACCCUAAA